AUGUAUACAAGCCGAGCUGGGGGUGGAAUGGCGCCUGAAUUGAUUUCGCCAGAGUAUCUACAUUCAGUCAACCCAUCCAACUUCCCGGCGCAUCACUUGCGUCUCAAGGAAGGAAUCCCGGUCGUUCUGCUUCGCAAUUUGGACCCAGACGCGGGCCUCUGCAACGGUACCCGCCUGAUCGUGUCGCACGCAAGAUCGCGAGUCAUUCAAGCCAUCAUCUUGACCGGAGAUCGAGCGGGCACCACGGUCUUCAUCCCUCGCGUGCGACUUGAGACAAAUGCGAAUAGCAGUCGCCAACUUGGUUUCACUAUGCGCCGGCUCCAAUUCCCGCUUCGCGUUGCCUUGGCCAUGACGAUCAACAACGCCCAAGGUCAAUCACUUGAUCGUGUUGGCGUCGAUCUCUCCCUACAUCCCGUCUUCACUCAUGGGCAGCUGUAUGUGGCAUUGUCUCGAGCCAUGAGUAUUGAUCGAAUUAAGGUGCUACUGCCCUCUCGCGACCCCGCCGAUGAUGACGACGACCUACCUGCCGUCGAUCGAACGGCAGCCGCAGGGUUCGUGACCCCAAACCCAGUAUUCCGCUCUGUUCUCAGGGCAAUGAAUGGAGAAUAG